AUGUGGCACUCUAGCGCCGGGGAAACUACGGCGGGCUACCGCGACCCGACCACGCUGCUUGUCGUGGGCGUCCCCGACUCUUCCACUGCGAAGUGGUCGGACGGGAGCGAUGUUGACUACCGCACGCCGCAGAGCCCUAUGGAGGCUGCGCCAGGAAUGCAGGCGGCCACCACACCGACGGCACCUGGCGCCAGUCACCGGUCGCUGUGGUCAGCUGCGGCAAACGUGCGUGCGCUAACUGGCAGCGACCACAAAGGCGCCGACGUGCGAGCCCGCGCGGAGAGCGGGCGGCGACGGCAUGAGCAGCAAGAGAGCCACCUUCUUGGCGAGCGAGGCGCUCUAGACUAUCAGCAUAGCGUCGUCCUCUCACCGGCUGGCUGUGAGCCGAGCGAAGAACAGCGCAGGGCCAACGCGCCACCGAGCGCGACCGUGGAGGACGCGACCAACGAGCAUCUGCAGCAGCAGCCACGCGGCACCGUCUCGAAGAGCGCCUUCGCCGCCGACGAAUCGGGCGACGACUGUGCGCCGGUGGCGCUGCAGGCGUGGUACGUGGCGGGCAACAGCGCGGUGCGGAAAGCGUCGCGGACGGCUGUCCAGGCGAAGAAGUCCGUGUUAGGGUCGAAGCAGGAGAAGAGGUGCCACUCCCGCAAGCACGCGGCGUUGACGACGUUGGAGGACUCGCGCGCCGGGGUCGAGAAGUUCGCACCGCCGGAAACUCUCACUGGUCGGCCCACAACAGCGAAUUUGCCGAGUUACCUCGAGAAGGACCCCGAAGACGGCGCUUUCGGCCACGCUGUUGUCCGCCCAUCGAUCCGUAGUGGCGGGGGGGCCGGCACGGCAUCUGUGGACGUCUUGCAGAGUCGCGCUGCCCCCCGCCUGGGUGAUGUGUCGCAGCGGCCGGAGGGUGGUUGGACGGACACGGCGGCGGGUUGCAGAAAAGGGCAGCAGCCGGCCGUCGCUGCAGUAGUGCAGGCGUCCGCGUCAUUUUCCUCCGGAUUGUGCGCGACCCCGGAGCCCAUCGGGGGGGGCAGCAGCAGCACCACCACCACCAACAACAACAACAGAGACCCCGGUGCCGGUGGCAGAGCUGCAGUGACGAUCAGCGCGGCAACGGCAGCGGCCACAGACGACAAAGGCGCUGAACCGCCUGCCUGGGGGGUGCGGCGUCCUCUACGGGCCCACCGCUACGUUGAGCAGCCCAACGGCCUCUUCCUCAACCACGCGCAGCAUGCUGAUCGGCUGGCGGAGUACGCCGUCGAGGCGGAGCUGCGUUAUACUCAGGAAAGGGAAGACGCCCGUCGAGCGCGGCGGUGGGCACGGCUGUUCUACGGCCGGUGCGGUGGAGAAGGUUGUCGUGGCGGAAGGCGGCGGCAGGUCGGGGCGACGGCAGCGGAGCGCAGCCGCUACUAUUGGUUGUACGACUCGGCGACAUACCAUCGCCGCUUCGUUUCCACGCGGCGCUACCUGCAGAGGCUCCGCAUCUUUCUGAGUGCCUUUGCCGCUGGGGUGUCGCUGCUGAUGCUCCUCGCGAUCACGGUACCCUUCCCCGCCCCCUACGUCAGCAGUGACGGUGCGGUCGGUGCUAAUGCCGGCAGCGACACAUCUGCGGGGCUGUUACUCGCGCUCUUCGCCAAUGCGUCUGCCACGCCGGCUGACACCGCUGCUACUGCGGCGGCCGCACACGUGCUCCCGGUGCCGGAGCCGAGCUACCCGGCCUUUGCUCUCUUCCUCACGCCUUUCCAGGCGUUCCACGCCUCCCUGCUCCUGUGCCUGUGUCUACUACUACUCACCACGGGGUGCGCACCGGUGCCAUGGUCCGUGGCUGAGGGGUACUGGAUGGCGCAGCGCCAGCAGAAGAAGCACGAAGGUGCCGCGCACGCAACGGACUGGGGUGAUGAGACCGCAACGCACGGACUGGCGAGCAGCGGUGACGAGUUUUGCAGCGACACCGCCGCCAGUAGCGACAACGUGGCCUUCCCCAGUCCCAGUAGCGGCGCAGGGCUUGGGGACCCGCGGAGACUGUCGAACGCAGCGUGCGGAGACGCCACGUCCUUUAGAAACGCCCUUGGCAGAGGCACGCGCCACAGUGGCAACCUGAACGAUGACACUCGCUCAGCGCUCUUCCCCACGAAGACCCUGCACUAUUCCUCCGAUGAUCGCCUGAGUGCGUCGAUGGGCGGCGGUGGUGGUGGCGGGGCUAACAGGGAGGCGUACGCUAGCGACGAGCUGAGCUCCGACGCUAUGUACGUGUUCGGCGGUAGCCGUGGCGCCACACACGACCGCCACCGACAUGACACGCUAAGAUACAGCGUAAACUUGGGUGCCACCUGCGUCGCGUACGGUGCCGCACUCAGCGGCCCCUCCGGCACGGGGGGCUGGAGGAUGCUGGACGAGGCAGAGUACAUGUCCCCAUCCGCCACAAUGCUGAGGCCGCCGCCUGGAAGCGGCAGCGGUGCGGGCCGCUACCACCCGCUCGAUCGAAACAACGAAAGUGGAAGUCCCACUGGCAGCGCAGCGACGCUGCCUGCAGCUCCACUCCUCGCGUCUGCCACAGCAGCGGCACACCAGGGCGGCAGCGCCACCGUCGUAGACCGCGCGCUGGAGGACGGCCUCUCUGCGAACGUGUUCACGCGCACCUUUGACUACAUCGAGCAGCUCGUCGUGCAGCCACUCUGCAAUACUGUACGUGCGUUGCCGCGCGCCUUCUCCGCGCUCUGUGCGCGGCGCAGCAACGGCACCAUCAAGAGCAGCGGCGCCGACGAGGUUCGAGAAGGGCGGCAACAGGAGGCCAACGAGUCGCCGCGCUACUUAAAAUGUGGCGCGUCGGCGGCUAGGCGGGAGCUGGCCUCGUCCUUGAGCCCAGAGAUCUACCGCACCAGCCUAGCAACGCCUGCUCCUCUCCAUCUGCACGUCCUUCUUCAGCCUCGGCUCUGGUGUGUGGCUGUGGCGUUGGCGCUGACCGUCGCCGAGAUAGCAUUCGUCGACGAGCGCAGCUUAGAGCUGCUGUGGUCGGCGGCCGCCGUGCCAUCGCAGCGGAGAACCAGUAGCGGCAACGUGGUCCUUCCCCACGCGUGGACAGUGGUCAACUUCACACGGCCAUCCGCGAGGACGGGCGGUGACCGUGGCCCUGUCUGCAGCGCUAUCCGCGACUGGGACAACAACAGUAGUAGCGGUGGCGGUGGUGGUGGUGGCGGAGGCGGUGGCGGUGGUGGUGGUGGUGGCGGUGGUGGUGGUGGUGGUGGCGGAGGCGGUGGUGGUGGUGGUGGCGGUGGCGGAGGCGGAGGCGGAGGCGGUGGCGGUGGUGGUGGUGGCGGAGGCGGUGGUGGUGGUGGUGGUGGUGGUGGCGGAGGCGGUGGUGGCGGUGGUCGGUGGCGGUGGUGGCGGUGGCGGUGGUGGUGGUGGUGGUGGUGGCGGUGGUGGUGGUGGUGGCGGAGGCGGUGGUGGUGGUGGUGGCGGUGGUAG